UUUUUUUGCUUUGCUUGCAGCUCCUCCACACUAAGACCCAAGAUGAUGGUGGCUGGUGUACUUGUUCGUGCUGGCGUGAGCGCUGCUCGCACUGGCGGCGUUGUGGCCGCUGCGGCCGUGGGUGCCGCCAACCGCGGAGGCGCACCCUGGGCCGGCGUGCGCUCCAUGAUGACAGACACCGUGAGCGACCUCACCGACACCCAACUCGAGCUCAAGGAGACAAUCAACAAGUUUGCGCAGCAAGAGCUUGCCCCCUAUGCGCAGGACAUUGACAAGAACAACGGCUGGGACAACCUUCGGGAGUUCUGGAAGAAGCUGGGUGACCUUGGCCUUCUUGGCAUCACCGCACCUGAGGAAUAUGGUGGCUCUGCCCUUGGCUACACGGAGCACGUGAUUGCCAUGGAGGAACUCUCCCGCGCCUCUGGUUCCAUUGCUCUUUCCUACGGUGCUCACAGCAACCUGUGCGUGAACCAGAUUGUUCGCAACGGCAACGAGGAGCAGAAGCAGAAGUACCUGCCCAAGCUCAUCUCUGGCGAGCACAUGGGUGCGCUGGCCAUGUCGGAGCCCGGCUCUGGCUCGGACGUCGUCUCAAUGCAGCUCCGUGCACAGGAGGACGGCGACUCGUAUGUGCUGAACGGCAACAAGUUCUGGAUCACCAACGGCCCCGACGCCGACGUGCUCGUCGUCUACGCAAAGACAGAUAUGAGCGCACACCAGCACGGCAUCACCGCGUUCCUCGUGGAGAAGGACUUUGAAGGAUUCAGCACUGCGCAGAAGCUUGACAAGCUUGGCAUGCGUGGCUCAAACACGUGCGAGCUUGUUUUCGAGAACUGCCGCGUCCCAAAGGAGAAUGUGCUUGGCGAGGUGAACAAGGGCGUGUAUGUGCUCAUGUCUGGUCUCGAUCUUGAGCGCCUCGUCCUCGCCGGCGGCCCACUCGGCCUCAUGCAGGCCGCUGUUGAUGUGUCCUUUGAUUACGUGCACGAGCGCAAGCAGUUUGGCAAGCCCAUCGGUACCUUCCAGAUGAUGCAAGCCAAGCUGGCUGACAUGUACACGACGCUCAGCGCCAACCGCGCAUAUGUCUACUCCGUCGCCAAGAAGUGCGACAAGGGCAUUGUCGAGAGCAAGGACUGUGCUGGUGUGAUUCUUUACUCUGCCGAGGCCGCCACCAAGGUUGCCCUCGACGCCAUCCAGUGCCUCGGCGGCAACGGGUACAUCAACGACUACCCGACUGGGCGCAUCAUGCGCGAUGCCAAGCUGUACGAGAUUGGUGCCGGCACGAGCGAGAUCCGCCGCCUUCUCAUCGGCCGCGCCUUCAACUCCAUGUACCGCUGAGCACACACCACGCCACGUGCCCCUGAUGCUCCUGUCUGUGGCCCUUUCUCCCUUCACCCUCCCCCUUCUUUGUAGUAGCUGUCAAUGCUUUUGAGUAUGUGUGUGUGUGUGUGUGCUUGUGCAGAUGUCGUCCUUCCAUCCAUCUCUGCCCGUGUCUCCUCCGUUGUCUCUGCAUCCUGCUAUGCGUGAGUCAAGUCUGUGCUAGUGGCGUCGCUGCUGCUGUGCUGUUGGCUCCCGCCCCCAUGGUGUGGUGAUGUGUGCUGCACGUGCGUGCUUGUGUUGUGCGCCACUGCUGGCGAUAUUGCGCUGCCCUGCUGUUGUGGUCCCAAUAGAGACGUUGCAGUGGCA